UCAUAUCAGAGCAUUGAGAGAAUCUGUCAGUUAAAAUUCUCAGAGACGCUUGUAGACAAUGGCUGUGUCUAAUGAAAUCUAUGCCAAUGUGGAGAUUGACUACGAAGAAAAUGAGGCAGAUGAUGGGAUUGAAGAUAUUUAUUCCAAUGUAGACAUUAUUUAUUCUCAGUACUCUGGAAAUAAGACAAAGGACCUCACCCCAAAGAGAGUACCACUGGCUACGUACCCAGGUUCUGAGAGCACAAAGUGGAAACCCACCAGAACUGGUGUCGUGUGUCUGGGACUGUUGUCCUUCCUCCUACUGGCUGGAAUCAUAGGCCUGUUAGUCUGCUACAUCAGAGUGACCCACAGUUUGAAGGAGAAAAUCUUCCUAUUUGAAACCAACUCCACGGCUGAACGAGACCAGUUCCAGGACAGAUACAGUGCCAUGACUGAGGAGAGGGACCAGCUCCAGGCUGAACGAGACCAGGUCCAGGCCAGAUACAGUGCCAUGACUGAGGAGAGGGACCAGCUCCAGGCUGAACGAGACCAGGUCCAGGCCAGAUACAGUGCCAUGACUGAGGAGAGGGACCAGCUCCAGGCUGAGAGAGAAAAUCUCAGGGCAAAUCUCUCCUUCAUUUCUCAACAAAUACAACAGGGUUGGGUGUAUUUCAGCUCCAGUUGGUACUUCAUCUCCACUGCAAAGAAAACCUGGGAAGACAGCAGACGGGACUGUGUGGGGAGAACCGCAGACCUGCUGGUCAUAAACAGCUUGGAGGAACAGGUCUUCAUCCACGGAUUGAAGAAGGAGGGAUUCUGGAUCGGUCUGACUGACAAAUAUCAAGAAGGAAAGUGGAUGUGGGUGGACGGUACAGAACUGACCACUGGGUACUGGGACAGUGGACAGCCAAACAGUCACGGAGGCACGGAUGAGGACUGCGUUGCGAAAUGGUUGGAAAAAUCUGCCGCAGAGAAGAGUUGGCACGAUGUAUCUUGCAACCAACAAGUUUUUUGGGUAUGUGAGAAAAUGGGCUACCUGUAACUGAACUGUAAAUAAAAUCAGUAAAUGUACUUCCUUUAUAUGGGAUUUCAAUCUACUGAGGAGGAUUGUGUUGCGAAAUGGUUGAAACCAUCUUCCCAAAAGAAGAGUUGGCAUGAUGUAUCGUGCAAUGAAUUGCUCUUUUGGAUGUGUGAGAAAAUGCUUCAGCUGUGACUGAACUGUAAUCAGAAUGAUUCAGUACAACAUAUUUGAUUUUUUUUCCACAGACUGUUCUGCAAAUAGAUACUGAAGAGACAAGUCAAUUAAGGACAAAUUCGUAUUCGACAAGUCAAUAACAAAUUUGUUUUUGCAAAUUAGUUUUUUUCAUUACAGACCAGUGUGAUGUGACAAAUGCUGGUAUUAUCAGAGGAUUUUAACAUUACAGAUUUGAGUGACAUUCAUUUCUUGACAAAGAAAUACAAUGAUAUUUCCAAAAAAAGGGAAAUAAAUAGAUUGAGAGGCUUUGUGAACCUUUUGAUGUUGUAUGAUUAACCUCAGAAGAUGUAACUUAUUUGUAGGGAGACCAACUGAUUUGGCAAAGCAAUUUCAAAUAGCUAGCUAAUGACACCAUUACCAUUUGUUUGUUGAUCUUUUAGCUUGCAGCUCAAGUUUCAACAUAACCACUUCUGAGGUUAAUCUGGCUGUAUAAGACAUGCUUUUCCUACUAUUAGUUUUGCCUCAUUUUGAAAUGUUUUCAAGCCAAGGAAAAUGAAUGAAUCUUACCUCUCUAAAGUUACAACCCUCUGGUGAUUCUGAAGGGAAUGUUGCUGUAGUCCAUAAAUAAGGCCAUAAUUGCAAAUUAAAAUGUGUUCAUAAUUGA